AUGUCUAAUAAAUUGCAUUCACCAUUAGGUCACGGCAGAACAAAUAAAAUCUUGGUCACAGCAGCAUUAGCCAAAGUGUAAAUAGAAUUGGUUGAUACUUAAGUGAAUGAGAAUACUAUCAAAGAAUUAUUGAAAUUAAAUCCUUUUGGUAAGGUUCCUGUUUUGGAAACUCCACAAGGAUCAAUCUUUGAAAGCAACGCUAUUCUUAGAUACCUUGCUCGACAUUCCCAAGGUUUAUAUGGAACAUCUCAAUAUCAAUAAGGAUUGGUUGAUUAAUGGUUGGAUGCUACAACAAACGAAUUGGAAACUGAAACCCUAGUGAUUGUCCUUUAAGUGUUAGGUUAUGUCCCAGUGAAUUAAGCUUAACAAAAGAAUUCAUUGGCAUCCAUAGCCCAUACUUUAAGCAUUGUGAACACAUAAUUAGGCAAGUCCAAAUUUAUAACUGGUGAAACCCUCACAGUGGCUGAUAUUGCCUUGGCAUAAGUCUCAACAUUUAUAUUCACAUUGGUUCUUGGAGAGGAGGAAAGAAACAAAUAUCCCCAAUUAUUGAAAUGGUUAAGUGAGGUGAAUUCACUUCCAGAAUGGAGAGAGUACUAUGGAAGACCAAGAUUCUUGAAGAAUGCUUUCCCAUUACCAGUAGAGGAGAAGAAGGAGAAGAAAUAAGAGUAGAAGUAAGAGAAACAAAAAGAGUAACCAAAGUAGAAGGAACAACCCAAAUAAUAAGAAUAACCUAAACCAAAAGCUUAGGAGGAUGAUGAAGAUUAACCAAAGAAGAAGGAAGUGAACCCACUUGAUUUAUUGCCACCAUCAACAUUUAAUAUUGAUGAUUACAAGAGAAUCUUCUUUGCUGAGAAAGAUAUUCAAAAGAACAUGGAGACUUUGUUCAGCACAGUUGAUUUGAAUGGAUGGUCAUUAUGGUUUGUCAAAUACAACAAAUCAGAGAAUGAAGGUAAGAAGUUAAUCUUGACCAACAAUUUAAUGAAGGGAUUCAUCAAUUAAAGACUUGAUCAAAAUUUCAGAAAGUAUGCCUUUGGUAUUCAUGGUGUGUAUGGAGAUGAGCCAAAUUUGGAAUUGAGAGGAGCCUGGCUCUGGAGAGGAACUGAGGUUCCAAAAGAAUGGAAAGACCAUGUCGCCUAUGACUAUCAUCAAUUCAUCAAGGUUGAUGUAAAUAAUGCAGAGUAAAAGUAAUUGUUUGUUGAUUAUUGGGUCAAAUAAGAAGAAGAUACCUCAGUAGUUGAAGGAUUAACAGCAAGAAGUUUAAUCUAUUUCAGAUGA